AUGGACAGAGAAACUGUAUCUUCCGCCGAGUUUCUCAUUGAUUUUAUGCAUAAAAGAUGUCGAUUAAAACAUCAACCUUCGAAUUUGCUACUCGCUGAUCUACAUCAAUGGAUAUGUACAAAUUUUCAUCUUGAUAGAGAUCAAUACUUCUUGGAAAUAUUUGACCAACGCUAUGAAUUAUAUAUUAUAUUAGACCAAUUCUAUCUCGGUGAAAUUCAAACCAAUCCUCGUUUUAAAAAUAUUCACUCAUACCAACUACGAAUUCGUCUUACAAACAACGAGAUGGCUCGGACUCACCUACAUAGGAGUUUUGAAUCAUCCGAAGUAACGAACGAAGUUGCUGAAUCUCACGGAUCCGUAUCUAAACAUAUCGUUGUAUGGCUCGAUGCUUAUAUUGCUUAUCCAGAAAAUAAUCGUCAACUCAAGGAGUAUUUCAGUAUAAUUACUUCAACUCAACAGGCCACACCGACUCUUUGGGAAGAAUUGGGUAUUAAUAACUUAAUCGCAAUGUCUGUUUGUGAUGAAAUGAAUAUUAAUAAGCAAAACAAGACUCUGCGAAUGUUUAAAAGAAUAGAUAGUUGUGUCAAUUUCAUUGAGAAUUUCUCUCAAUCAAAUACAAAAAUCUUUCUCGUCACGACGGGUUCACUUGGUCGUAAACUCGUACCAAGAAUAUACGAAAAUCAACACAUUCAUGGUAUCUACGUGUUUACAUGCUGUUUAGCCUAUCAAAUUGAUUGGGUUAUUGAUUUUCUCGAUAAAAUUAUUGUAUUCGAGCAUGAACUUGAUUUACUUAGUCGAAUUACAAGAGAUAUUGCAAGUUAUUAUGUCCAAAGAGCAUUUGAACCGAUUGAAGAUUGUGAAAAAAGUUUAAAUUAUUUAUCUUGGUCGAAAAAAUUAUUUGGCAAAGCGGAUCUCGUCGAUCAAUUUGAUCAAUCUGUUACGAAACUCAAACAAAUUGACAAAUAUAUGUACCGAAUAGAGCAAUGUAUCGAUGAUAGACAGAGGAAUUUAGGAGAAAUAAAAUGCAGCGUCGAGUGUGAUGGGUAA